UUAGAGCUAAAAGGAAAACGUUGCAAAAACAAGCAAACGCGGAAAAUUCUCUGAGUCAUAAACGCAUAAACAAUUUAUCGUUAAUUGCUGGUUUGAUACUGGAAAACUGGUAAAAAAACAAAAAAUUGUUUUUUUUUUUUGUUCAACUUCAUCACUUAUCGUAUCAUGAAACAUCAAUUAUAGCCGUACGUACUCGAUGAUAAGGUAAUUAUUUACGAAUAGCAGUUAGUAGUAUGUAGACAGAUACUUGUAUACGAUUGGUCGUAUAUGAUAGAAUGGGAGCGCUUUGACUAGACUGUGUCCUUAAGUAGCAACGCGAUUAUCGAGCGAUACGACACUAGGGGGCGAAAUACUCGAACCAGAAGUAUAGUAUGCGUAGGGUGGUGGUAGAAUGGGGCGCGACGAUUGGUGGCACAGCCCUGACGCCGGGUCCCGUAGCGGUGGGCAUGCCUGCGGAAGAUGGAAGGCGCACGAGCCGAGUAGUUUAGUCGCCUUUAACCGGCCUUAAAGUGAAGAUCGGAUCGCCGCCGAUUACCGUGCGCGUGCACAAGAAAGAGAGAGUUAGAGCCACCGGCUUACCGUACGGAUCGCGCCGAGAAUGAAAUUCUUUCUUUGCUUGGUAAAAUACAGCAGCAGCAGUUGUAGUAGCAGCAGUCUUUCGUUGUACAACAGUCUCGAUAAUACAAGAAAACGAGUGGAACGUUUACGGCCAAACGACAGUAGUACCAGUGGCUGCAUCGCCUGAACGAAUUUUUCUCGUCGAUAAACACAACACUACCAUUUUUCACGCGUUCCGUCUGCUACGGGCAUAACGAAGGAAAUCGACACCGUUUUUUCUUUCAUUCUUUUUCGUCCUUUUUGUUUACGUAUAGUUUGUUGCUCAGUGCCGCGUAAUAGUUCGGUUUCGCGAGGCUCAUCCAUCAUUCGAGACCGGGCCAAACAGAAUCUAUAGACAACGCCAUAUAGAAGAAAAAGAGGCGGGACGCGCCUAAGUUUGUUUUAUUGGUUUAGUUUCUAGCGCGAGACUCAAACUCGCGCCAAAGUGUGUUCCACAGUGGAGGAUACUAUCUCUCUUUUGGGUUACAACGAUAGGUGGCCGACAGGCAAAAUGCCGGUGCCGGUUUGGGACUCCUCUGACCUGGGCCUGUUAGGCGAGCCCCUGGACACUGCGACAGUGGUGUCCGACGACAUAUGGAAGAAGUUCGAUCUUCCGGACUUCCUCUCUAUAGAUCACAGAGCGGACGUCUACACGGAAAUGUAUUGCGAGCGCACCUUGGACGAUGGCAUAUUGUCGGAUCCACAGUACGACAAGACCUGCCUGUCUCGAGAGAUACGUCAUCACGACUGUAUGUGGGCAGGGUUAUGCAUCAGUAAAGAACACAACAGAACGUUGCCUGCGAAGAAGGAGUCGCUAAUACAGAAAAAGGUGCCGGCUGGUCGAAGCCUUUUGAUAUCACGAGCAAAUACCGCUUUUAUAGGGACUUCGUUGGCAGUCAAUCAGCAACAGGCUCAGCAACUGUGCCGUGCAAGAAAUCUGGAGAGCGACGGCGAAUCCACUAGGCCGGAUACACCACAAAGCUCCAGUUCCGAUACAGAAACAGAGGACGAAGGUCCGUUCUUUAGACACGACCAGAUCAAUAUACACGAGAAAUUAUCCGAGUGUAUAUCAGCACCAACUACCAAAACUGCACGAGUAAGCCAGAAUAAGCGAAAGACCGGUCGACGUGGCAGAAGGAAAGAGCAGGAUCAGUGUCAAGUGCAUAGAGAGACGAAUAUCAGAAAUACUCUCAGCGACCAUUGCUAUCACUUGAAUCAGUCGUUCAACAAGAAUUUAGAACACCUCGGAGUGCAGACACCUUCCGAUUCCGAGGAGGAAGAGAUCGAUGUGGUAAGCUUCGACAAACCGUGCAGACCAGCGGUUUUACCAACGAAUCCAAGUUUGGCCGACCAGCAACACUUUCAAUUAACAGUUAACACCGCGUUCAAAGAGAAACCACCAGGUUCGAGACCUCGUGGUCGACCUCCCUCGAAUCCAGCACGGAAAAGAGCUGCCCAGGUCGAGCAAAGACCAGCGAAAAGAGCUCGUCACAGGACCUGUCAGAGGAGAAACAAGGUAGGACGCACCAUGUCGUCUACGUCCGUAUCGUCUUCGUCCGUAUCGUCUUCGUCCGUAUCAUCUUCACCUUCGAUGAGAUCAACCACAUCAAGAAGUUCCUCCGACGAUGAAUUGGACACUGAGAAGAGGAGAGAGCAUAACAACAUGGAACGUCAAAGGCGGAUAGAGUUACGAAAUGCGUUCGAAGAGCUACGCAUUCUCGUGCCAGCUGUUGAGAAAAAGGAGAAGGCACCGAAAGUCGCGAUUCUCAGGCAAGCGUCUGCAUAUCUUGCUUCGUUGACCUCGAAGGAAAUGGGCAAUGCAGCCAAGGUGGCGGAUUUGAGGCGGCAACAGGAAAAACUUCGUGCGUCGCUCAGUUAUCUAAGGAGGAGUCUCGCCAUGACGCGCUAAGGGAGAGACUCUGACCGUGUCGGAUUUACUCCAACACGACAAAGAUAAUACCUUGCUCGGAACGUUGUAGAGUCGAACUUGUUACCCUGGUGGAUCAGUGACAAAUCUUCACUCGGCGUUUCGAGAUCAGACGCUAUUAUCGAAAAUAAAUGCCUUUACGCGAAUGACAAAGACCGCCUGCCUUGUCUGUUUUGAUCUGGGUAUCCACUUUCGGUCGCGCGACGGACGAGGGGGAAGAAGGCACUUCAAACAACGUGUUUCGGAGAGUCAGAAGUGCGCUGUUUGAAGAGACAUAGAAGAGCCUGGUCCUGGUCAUCGACAAGAGAAAAAAUACUGUGUUGUGGUUCUGUGAUUCACUUGGGCGGAUAUGGGAAAACCGAAUCUUUUAAAAUCUGUUUUACCAUAGAAGAAACAAGUAUAUUUGUGUAUAGACACUUGCGUAAGAACAAAGAGAAAGUUAGGCCGAAGGGAGAAUCGAAGGGUGGAUGAUGGGUGAAUGCGUAUCGAGAACGAAGAAGGAAUACCGUUCGCGUCGAAUCGGCAUCAAGUGUUGGAAGAAAUCGAAAGAACCGACGCAAACAGCUUCGAAAAGAAUAUUUAUACGUAUAGGUAUAUUUAUAGAAAAGAUACUUCGAAUAGCAGGUUACUAAAGAGAGGCGGAGAAUUGAUCGUAGAUUGCUUUGGCCAAAUUCACGAAGUUAUCUAUGAGAACGCAAAAUUGAGUUUAGCUAGUUUAGAGAGAAAACGUUAUCGACAAUAGAUCUUCAGUUUUUUGUUUUUUUCUCUCUCUUUUUUUGUUAAUACACAUACAUGUUACAUUAAGAAAAAUUCACGAUUUACGAGGCUGAAUCGUCGCGAAUAGCGUCAAUUCCAUUUUUAAUCCUUCGAAUUCUCGAUCAGUGUCAUCUUAACGCGUUAUAGACUAAGACCGGUUUCCGAGCUGGGGAAUGUUAUAUAUAUUUUAGAGAAAAUGUUUUAAGUUCAUGAAGAUAUUCGAAACGUUCGACGAGAUCGAACGACACCGCAGUCCGCUAUUUAUCACGCAUUUUUUACGCGUUUCUGCACGUUUUGUAUAACACGCUCGUAUACACACGAGCUUUUCUUUUUCACGUAAAACAUGCAUUUAGGCGAGUCGAGACAAAUCCGACGAGAGAAAGCCAAAAAUGAACAAGACUACGAUUGUUAUUAAUAAUAGUCUCGACUGUAUUGGAUUUGGAAUCGGCCUCGAAUCGUUCGAUAUCUCGUCGUUGUUUGGAAUUUCGUUCUGCGAUGCGAAAUCCAUGUACGACGGAGGAAAACGAGGCUUAUUAUCGAACGUUAUCCGACGUUAGUUGCACCGGUUCCGAACUAACUGGUCUUAGGACGCAUUUCAAAGCUGAACCGGUUUCUAGGUAUAUCUUUCAUUUUUAGGAAAUGAAUGAGAAAAAGAACAAUAUAGAAAAGAAAGAAGAGUGGGAAGCACACGCAGAUUCUUUUUCCAAAACUCGUAUCGAUAAAUCGCAAUAAAGAUACGAAAGAAAUAGCUGCUCGUGAUGCUGCUUGCUUUUUACAUCAGCGAUUUUGUAUGAAAUAGUCGAGAUAAACCUGUAGUUUGACAGGUUGCCAUUUAAACUUGUACAAGAUAUUCGCCUUAUAAUUACGGUACUGGUAUUGUCAUUCGAUCGAAACGAAAUUCGUACAGAUUCACGCAUUAUCGAACGAGUUUUGGUAAUCGAACGAGUGCAAGGCACGAAUUACGCGUGUGACUUCAGAACUGUUAUAUUCCUCGCAAUCCUCGCAAUUUCACGUAAUUUGAAAGAUUUCAAGGUAGAAAUUAUAGCAAGUCUCAUUAAUAUUAUCUCAUAUGAUCGAGCAAAACCGUCGAGAUCCCGAAAUCCCGAUGAACGUGUUCCAAAGAGAGGCGUGUUUCGCGUUACGGGUAGGAAACGCGCGUGUUCGACAAUGCCAUUCAACAUGGAAAAAGAAAAACCAUAGAUGACUGGUCUGUUAACAAUAUCUAUUCACAAAUAUCUUCCUUAUCGAAUUCCAUUGUUUUCUCCAUUGCAAUCUCGCGUUGUUUUUUUUUUUUUUUUUUUUUUUAACAGCGUCGCUAAUCGUAGUUACUUACCGAUCGAUUGAUGAUCGCUGUGCGAUCUUUACGUUUUUCGACGUUUCACGCCUUCGCUAGCAUGAAUCUAAACGCGUUCUAUAGUAGAGUGAUUGUAUUCUGGUAAUCUUGCAAGUAGGUGAAAGAUCGUAUGAGUCACAAAACGUGUAGGUAGAGACAGUUUGCACCUAGUACAUACGCGUUAUGUAUGUACCGUAGGGCACAGAGAGAAAGUCAUAGACAUACACGCAUACUACAAAGAGAUAAUAUUAGAAAUUUAGUCCGGGUACCUUACACACACACAUAUAUUCCGUUUUUGUUACGAAUACAUCAGAUGCAUCUUCAUUUCGGAUCAUUUCGGUACGCGUAACGAUAUUAGCGAAAUUCGGGUUUGGAGUCGAAGUCCUGUCUGUCUUUUGUCUACCUUCUUCCUCGUUCUUCUAAUCCGGUUAUGGCGCAAAACGGAUACAAACGCGACAAAAAUCUCGUAAAUGGUAGUUUUCAUCCUUUUCUUCGCGCCUCUGUUUCCUUCUUUCCGCCGAUAUUUCGCGCAGAUAAAUACGCCACGAAGAUCGACGAAGCACACCGAUCUUCGUGGAUGAGCGCCUAUUCACGUGUGUUCAGUUUUUAUAUGCGAGUGUGUAGAACUCUUUAAACUGGUGCAAUAAGAGACACGAAAGAAUAUUACCUUCGUGGUAGAUCGUUAUUUUGUUGUUAAACGAUCAUCGGUAUCUAGCUUAUCCGAGAAAGAAGUAGACAGGGCGCUGAAAACUCGAGACUAAGGAUCGAAUUGUUCACUUUCUUAUUUUCUAUCAUUUCUCGUUUUUAUAAUACAAACGAUCGAUCCGAUAUCUGUGCUCGGUUUCGAAGCUUUUCUACGGCUGAGAAACGUCGAGUUGGAAAGGAAGAGACGUCAGAUCUCGCGCUACCAAGAGAUUGUAAAGGUUGAAGAGAAAACUAACCUCGAUUAGCAUGUUUUCAUUUUUUUUUUGUAUUUAGGACUUUUUGUUUUCCUUCGUACACGGUACACGUUCGUUAAGGUGGAUGCUGAACGGCAACACACGGUUUUAUAACAAGAAGGAAAUCUUUUUUAUCUGAUUAAGAUCCGUGCGGAAUACGCUUUUUAAACGCGUGUAAAUAAUGUACAUACAUAUAUAGGACAAUAUAUAAACAUGCAUAAAUAAUACAUAGCCAUGUAUGCAUGUACAUUGCAAAUUAUAGACGCUGAAGCGUGUAAGUACGUAAGGGUAGAGAGAAAGAAAAAUAGAUCGAGAGGGAGGGACAAACUUGGGUGGGAGAAGAAUAAUACUACUACCAAUUAUUAUUAUUAUUAUUAUUAUUAUUAUUAUUAUUAUUAUUAUUAUUAUUAUUAUUAUUAUUAUUAUUAUUAUUAUUAUUAUUAUUAUUAUUAUUACCAUUAUUAUUAUUAUUACUACUACUACUACUACUACUACUGCUACCACAAAACUAAUACUAUUGCUACUACUACUACUACUACUACUACGCUACUACUACUAUUACUACUACUACUACCACUACUACUACUACCACUACUACUACUACCACUACCACUACUACUACUACUACUACUACCACUACUACUACUACUACUACUAUUACUACUAUUACUAUUAUUAUUAUUAUUAUUAAUAUGUUUCAUUAUCACCAUUAUAACUAUUAUAAUUAUAAUUGUUACGAGUUUUAGUUAACAAGUUUUUCCUGAUAAUUCACUGCUACGAUAUAUAAAUAUAUAUAAUAUAUCAGAUGAUGAUGAUAAUAAUAACGACGGAGUUUUAGAGAGGAAGAAAAAGGAAAGAUGGAUAUUUUAUCACACGGACGAUGAGAAACUGGAUCGUUCGUGUAAUGUUCAAUUGAUUGCGGACGCGCGAUCUAUAUAAUUAGAUUACGUUGUUUGGUGACGAUUUAGAUUUAGAUGAUCGGCAACAGAGAUGAGAAAAAAAUAUAUUAUGGUAGGGAUUAUAUUAUAUUAUAUAUUACGAUGAAAAAAUAUAUAUAAAUAUAUGUCUAUGUAUACUGUAAUUAACAGAGAAGAAAAGAAAAUCGAAAGAAAUCAGGAGGAUUAAAAUAUUAGUAAUAUACGGACGCGCAUGAGAGAAAGAAAAAAAUACGUCGUUGUCGCGGCCGAUCGCGGAAAUAUACCGGAAGACGUGUUUAUAGAGAGAGGAGCGAGUGCAGUGCCCUCGCGAGGGGAGAUAAAAGAAAAUAUAGAAAAGGCAAAAUAAUGUGUUCAUUACAAUUGUAGGUAACAGUAUUCGUUUAUAUACAUACUUUUUACGGGCUAUAUUGAAAGAAAUAGAAAAUGAUAAAAAAAAAGAAAAAAAUAUAAAGAAAUAAGAAACGGUAAACGGAGAAGUUAUAGCAACGACCGGAAGAAACAAUCUUUCGAUAGAUAAGCUUUUUUCACAUAUACGUACAUGCAUACGUACCUUUAUGUACACACGAUAUACACACGCGUACCAUAUAUACAUAUACUCCCUCUCCCAUACAUAUUACAAACAUACACAAUUUGUAUUACACGCAAAUAUUCUAAUGACCACACCUUCGCGUACGUAUUAUGCAUUACGCGUGUGUAUACACGCGCGACUACGAACGAGUUAAUAUCGUGAACGGAUAUACUCGGAGAGGAGAGAGGGCUACCAGUGAGAAGAACGCACGCUCUCUCUACAAUGUCGGACGAAAAUUAAAGAGGGAUUAAAAAGUCGCGAUGACAGCGUGGUCGGGAGAGACUCGAGCGGUUAGAACUGAUUGACCGAUACAGGACGGACGCGUACGAAAUGCAAAGACGUAAAGAGAUCGGCCUCUCUGGGAAUCUACGUCCGAAAGCGUGUGCACGUGCAUCCGGAAAUAAUGUUUCGACGUAUUCGUCAUUCCUCACUCGGCGUUGUAAUAUACGAUCGCUAAAACGCGUGUAUACGCACGCAUAUACACAUAUACAUUUUAUACACCACACCUAAUAAUACCGUGCAAAUAGCGCAUAUACAUGUACGGACAGAUCGCAUACGAGACACGCGGCAAUCAUCUAUACACGCAUACGAAUACAGGUUAAUUAAAGACUAAUCGACGAUACGACCUGAAACCUGAAUCGCAACCCAAGUGCUUCAAAUUUAUAUAGGUACAUAUUAAUCGCAGUAAUAAUGCAGUUCGGAACCACGGGUGUAACGCAUUUUUUUCGGCUGGCGUAUAUUAAAGUAGAGGAGGGUGGUGUGGAUUCAAUAACGUCGAGGAGUUCGUUUCAAAGGGUAGUCGAAGGGACUUGACUGGAAAUCCCUUGUUUCUUUCGUUCUCGAGCGGUUCAAUCGCGUUCUUUUUAAUUAUUGCUCCGAGUAUGAAAGACAUACGAGAUCAUUCGCGUGUCUUUCAGAAGAGAUUUCUCGAAAUGAGUAUCGGAACGAGUACGAUAAACGUUGAAGUCUAGUUUUAUGAAAAUCUAUCUGUAAAGAUAGUUGAAGAAAACAUUUUUACCUGUACGCUUUACAUACAUAAUGACCGACGACGUGGCUUCACUCGUCGAAAAAUAAAAGAUAAAAGAAAAAGAAAAGAAAGUUUUUAUGUAGGGAAAUAUGACUAGCGACUCAUCGUAGGAAAACGAGAUAAUAUUUGAAUACCGAACGAAAUAUGCACAAAGGCCUUACAAAUCGAAUCACAGUUUCGACCUUCUUACACCCGCGACAUUUUCUAGGCGUAGCUCCCGUUCUAUUUUUGACAGAUUUUUUAUACGUUUAACCCUGCGAUCGCAAUGACGAUAAUUAUUAAAAAGAAAAGAUUUACGCGAUUACAGGAACUAUUAUUAUAUUAUAUUAUUACCGGGUAGAAACACAAUAACAAAACAAAAAGACUAACAAACAUUAGAAUCGAGGGAGAAGAAGAAAAUAAAACAUGGAGGAAAUGUUUUUUAUAAACGAACGAAGUGGAUUAAUUAACGAAAACAACGUUGUUCGCAUACUCAGGAUAAUAAUAAGAGGCGCCUUAAUUUUUAACCGUAUUAAGAAAAGUAAAAAGCAAAUUUGGUCUCUGGGAAUCUUUUCGCACGACAACAUGUAUUUUACGUGUACAUAAGAGAGAAUCAGGGAAUGGAGUAAAGAAGAAGAAAAUAUAACGUUCCUCUUCCUCUGCGCGUCAAAAUUUCGUCGAAGGGGGCUCGCGUUUUGAAUUGAGCGCGCGUUUUAAAUUGGGCGCGCGUUUUGAAUUGGACACGCGUAAGCAUUGCGUAUGCGCGAAUUGCCACUGAUCGAAUAACGAAAUAGGACGACAGACAAAAAAGAGAAAAAGAAUAGUGUAGCAUUAUAUCGGCCACGAUUUUGAAGUUCUUCCGCUUUUAACGAAGAUGAGAAAUUCAUUAGUUUGAUGCGACGAAAUGAAACUCAACUAUAUAUAUAUAUCUAUCUAUACAUAUAUAUAUAUAUAUAUAUAGCAUUAUGUAUAAUAUACAUACCUCGCAAUAGAUUUCGCCUUCACAAGACGGUAGCCUUCUCGUCACGCUAAAUAAUAAAAUAGCGAAUCCCCGUUUUAUAGCAGCUCUCUGCUUUCUUUUUUCUCGACUUUUGCUCGUGUGUCCGACCUGUGAGUUCUUUAUAUUGUGCCAAAUUAUGAGAGAAGGGAAGGUGGAUCGAGAGAAAGGAAAAGGAAGAAAGAGGAAUCAUAGUUGCAGAUUUAACCGAGCGUUAUUUUAGCCGAAUUUAGUCCGAUGCGUUUAGACUGUCCAUUAGUUAGAAAAGAACGACUAACUUUCCUGUUUUUUCUUUCUUUCUUAAUAUUUAUCCGAACAUGUAGCUCAAAAUACAAGGGACGCCUUUUACUAGGGUUGAUUCUCGUUGUACUACACGCUUUUUCCUUCCUUUCCCUUUUUCCUGUUCUUUUAUUUAGUUUUAUUUUCCCGUAUCUUUUUCGUUUUUCACCAUUGAUAUACAUAUAUAUAUAUACAUAUAUGUAUAUGUUUCUCCCUUCGAUCGACUAGAAAAUAUCUCUAGGCCUUCUCUCGACAAAGACAUUUCUUCGAAAAUUGCUCAGAGAGUGACCCUUGCUGUUGGAUCGUGGAAACGUGCUUUUUUUUCUCGUUUUCGAUCUCUCUUUUUCCCUGCUUCACGAUUUUCCCCCCUGGUUAGUCCAUGCGACGCUUUUUAUCCUACGAAUUGUCGUUCGGGACGAUAGCCGACCGGGUACACGCGUUAAUUGAGGCUUUGAGGAACGGAGAGCUAUUUUCCUCCGUUUCUUUUCUUAUAUAUAAGAUAUAAAUAUGUAUGUAUAUUAAAAGGAAAUAUUAAUAUUAUAUACGUCUUCGUGAUUUUACAUAAAGAUAUUUGCGCGUUUAUCCGCGGGGUUCAGGUUCCAUCGUUUCGAAUGUCGGUGUGAAUUUUUACGCGCGUUUAUCGAUCAUGCGUCCCGGGACGAGCCGGGGUUGAAAACUUUAGAGAUCAAGGCACGUUGUUCGAAAUUUUCGAAAAAUUUUAUGCAAUCCCCCGCGACAUAUCGCAAAUCGUGUCUGUUAACAGUCAGCGGAAGCCUGAGAGUGAAAUGACAGAUGUCGCGAGAACGAUAUUUUCGGUGAAUUUGAAACAAACGUAUCGGGAGAGGGGCCGAGAACUAGUAAUAGAAUUUAUUUAGCAUUUUUAAAGAUUAUGAACUAAUAUAAUAUAAGAGAAGGAAUAAUGUUGCGAGAAAAGAACACGUUCCCCCGAUCUUUUACGGCGAUUUUGAAGAGUGCAAACGUACCUGCUAGCCACAUAGACACUAAAAAUAAUAAUAAUAGUUAAUUGUGUAAAGGAAAGGUGUCGUGUACGAAACAUUAUGCGUUUGUAAGCGACGCGCAUCGACGUAGCUGUAGCUUAAGAAAGGAUAAGGCAAUUAUAUACUAUUAUAAUACUGUUAUCAUUGUAUAAUAACGACUCGACGUGGCGCAUGAGAUUCGCUUCCGACAUAGAGUUCUGCGUUCUGCACCAGGAACACAAAUAUGUUGUAUUUUCUUUUUUCGUUUUUCUCCUUUUAUUCUUUCAUUUUGUUUUAACAAUUCGAGAUACACACUCAUGAGAAUAAUUAGAAUAAUUGAAUUUGCGCGUUCCCUCGGAUCCAGCGAAUCUUGCGUCCACGGUGUUUCCUUUUUGUAAAUUUUUUUACAUAUACACGCGUGCAGUGCAGUCGUUAAUUAUAAAAUACGUGCAUACAUGCAGAGAACGUCCCCUCCUCCAAAUGCAACAAUAUCGUGCUUAAACGAUUACGCAUUAUAUCUUUUCUCCCGUGUUCUCUUUGCUUAGUUUUUCCCUCGUUUUAUAUCAUUUUUUGUUUCGUUUGAUUUAUGACGUGCGGUAAACGUCACGUUCGCUCAUUCUUUUUGCAAUGCACGCAUAAACAAUGCCACAAGAACGACUUUACCGCUGUGCGCAAGUAUGUCGAUACGAAUGUGUAGAAAACAAGAAAAAAACAAUUAGAAAAAAUUGAAUAGUAAAAGCAAAUGAGUGAAUGAGUGAGUGAAUGAGCGAUCGAAUGAGUGUGUCUGUGUAUGUGUAUGUGUGAAAGAGGACGAAUGGUAAAAUACGAGAGUGAGACUGAACGAUUCUGAGAUGGAGCAUUUUAUGUAUGUGUAUUAGUAAAGUACAUAUAGUUUGCUAUUAAGAAACCGUGUAUCACGUUGUAUCGGACCUUUAAUAUUUUUAAAGGUAAGAACGUGUAUCAGAGAGAACGAAAGAGAGGGAUGAAGAGAAAAUUCUGGUUGCGCGUGACGAAUCCAUUUUUUCAGGGGAGGGGGAGGGGAUGGGUUCUCGACGAGAAUACUUAAAAUGUAACAUUAGGUUUUUUAUUCAAAGCAAAACAAUAUUUUUUAUUUAUCCCUUUAUUUUUAUAUGACGUUGCUACUGGAAACCGUCUCACGAGCGAAAAGAAGGGGUGAAUGGGAAAGAAUGACAGAAAUCGAACGAGAAGAUGGAGCGAAUGAGACAGAAACGUUUAAUUAUGUCGACGAGCGGAUGGUAACCAGAGCUAGACAACGAAAUGACCCCUUGUAUAGGGUGGGGAAACGAGAGGGGAUCGUAUAUAUAAUCCGGGAUGAAAUAGGAGUAAAGGAAACAUAAAGGAAAAUAAAUUGGGAACCCCCAUAUACAGAUUUUUGAACUGCGAUAUUCAUGUUAUAUUAUAUUAUAUUAUAUAUAUAAUAUAUAUAUAUAUAUUAUAUACAGAUAUAGACCGAUAGAAUCUCUUAUUUUUGCAAGAAAACCAGAUUCCCGAAAAAUAGAAAAAAAAAGUAAAAGCGAAAAAAAAAUACUGAAAACUACGUUCGUCGUUGCGCGACGAAGAAGACGAAGGACGUUUCUCGAAAUCAUUUUUCCCUUAAUAUAGACAAAUUUUCUUUUCAUAUUUCAGUCUUUUGACGCCUUGUAUCUUUUCUAUUCUAUUUUAUUUUAUUUUAUUACACCUUUUCUUUCUUCGGUACUGAGGCAAUAAAUUUCAACGUUAUUUUAUUCGUUGUUUUUACUCGACGAAUCUGUUCCGUAUUCUAUGGAAACCGAAAAGGGCGCGUCCUUCGUCUUGUUCGGUCGCGUUUAAUUCGACGGACGCGCACCACAGAGACUUAGCCGCUUUAAACCGGGGGUGGCGUACGUUGGAAUUUCGUCUCGAUUCUCGCGACAUUCGACGACACAAGCUUUCUACGUAAUCAUGAUAUUUUAAAGAAACAAAAAAAAGGGAUAAAACAACAAAAAAAAAAAUGAUGACGAUAAUGAUGAUGAUAAGAAACAGCGUAAUGUGUAAAUCGAGGGACCCUACGUUCCGACCGUAUGAGAUAAAGAUCUCGCUUUUUAAAGGAAACGCUUAUGAAUAAAAAGAACGUGGAAAUUUUGUUCUCCCUCUGAGAGGGUGGAAGAGCGCGAGUUUUAUAUUACAGAAGAUUUGGUCCUGCUAGAGGACAGGUGGAAAGUUCGUGACAGACAGUAGGUAGAUAUAAUCGUAUAGGAUUUUUGCUUACUAACUAUCUAACUACACUAUUAUCGAUUAUCGAGCAAUACUGUUAAUAAUUAUUUAAAAACUAUUAACGGUAAAUAACGAUUGUACUACUCUCUUGUAAUUGUAUUAUAUGAUAAUAAUAUUUAAUAUAUAAUAUUAUAUAAUAUAUUAUAUUAUACAUUUUAUAUAAUAAUCAUACGCAUAUAGAACAGCAUAUACUGUAUAACCUUUUAUCUAAUAAUAUAAUAUAUUAUCGAUAAUAUUAAUAUUAAUUAUUAACGAUAAUAAUAUUCGAUAAGGUAUCUGCGUGUAAUGGAUGCUUCUCGAGUUUCGUUUCCACCGAGACGCUUUCCUGGAUUUCUUUUUACGUUUAUCAUACGUACGUUUUAAGGAUUCGUGAUCGGCCGAUCUCGCGGAUAAUAGACGAAGUUAACCGGACCCACCUCGUUUAUUAAAAAUGAAUAAAUAAAUAAAUUAAAAAAAAAAGAGUUCACUUGUACCUAUACCUCGAGCGAUUUGUUGAAUGUAAGUAGUAAGCGGAAGGGAACGUCACGAUUUUUACGAUUUUACCGAGAACGAUCGUGAUUGUCGUUCCCCGACAACAUUCGUAUUCCCAUUACCGCCCCGGUCUCUUUUCUUUUUUUCACUUUUUUCUUCCUCCGGUUGUGUACUGUGAGAUCGGAAGUUGUCGGGGAAUCGUCGAAACGUAAAAGUCACCCCCGUACAAUUACGUAACAUUGACCUUAUAUAAUACAUAGAUAUAUAUACGCAUACAUACACAUACACAUACGCAUGUUGACUGGGAGAAAAGGAAAAAGAAAAUGAAGAUGGAACUAUUAACGAUAAGCGAAGCGCAUCGCGAAGAAUUAAGACAUGUUUAUACGACAGCACUAUGACAAGAUUAGUGGUGUACACGUACAUGUGUAUACGCAUCCCGCAUAUUUGAUAUUCCGUGUGCUCGGUGCACGUGUACGUGUAUACGGCAUAUGCUACAUUACUAGAUAGAAGAUAAUAAAUGAAAAAAGAAUAUUUAUUCCACAAGUUAAAUAGUAAUAUUAGAAGUAAUAUUUAUAUCUCUUUAUUUACUAUUUGCAUAUUAUAUAACGACGUAACCCUCACCAUUUCGGUAGGAUGGACGGGUGGAUUUUGUACAGCAAGAAUGAUACAAAACAAAAGAAACAAAAAAAAAAAACAAAAAAAAAGGAGAAAGAAACAGAAAGAAAAGCAAAAGAGAGAGAAAGAUAGACAGACAGACAGAGUGAGAGAGAGAGAGAGAGAGAGGCAGAGAGAGUAGGAAACAAGAUUGAAAAAGGGAAACAAGAAAAAUAUGCUUAUUUGUACUAAGAAAUAGUAGAGUGUGAGUGAUGGAAAAAGUGUUACAGAGAGAAUGUGAUAGCGAAAGAAAAAACUAAGAAUGGACGGAAAGAAUAGGUUUUGUACUUAAAUUUAAAAGAAAACGAGAUAAAAAAGGUCAUUCGCGUACCUAACACGCUUCGUUUUCGUUUCUUAUUUUGGUUCCGUUUUCGUCCACAUAGAAAUAUAUUAUCGUACGCGAGCGAAAUUGUUCCUUUCUCAGCGGCAUUGCGUCCGUUUUCCAGGCGUUGUUGGUGGUCGACGAUCGUUUUUGGUUAAGUCGAAAUGGACAACAAAAUGAUAAAGAUCGUGCUCGAUGGUUAUCGUUUAGUAAUCAAGUUGUACGACGGCAAUAUAAGUUUGAGUGAUGUGCAUAUUAGGAAUUUUUGGUUUUUUGUUACAUUAGUGGUCAACUGCGAUAAAUUAGGCAAAAAGAAAGUCUUCGAUGUUUCUUUUUUUCAGAAAAAAGAAUGAAACAGUUCCUCAACAUUUAUAUUUCGAACUAUCUUAUUAUAUCAAUAAAAAUAUUAUCAUUUA